CUCUUUCGCGCUCGUUCCAUCUUGAGCGCGGGAGGUGCAACGCGCGCGACCGAAAGGAACUAGGGUCAGUCCAUAAGCCACUAGUGUUUCCAUUUCCGUCGAAAGAUGGUAGAGACCACGCAAAAGUUUUGUCGCGGGACGAACACGUCGAAAUCGUUCGCGCCGUUCGCGGUGUCGUGAUCGAGUGCGGCCCGGGAAUUUCUGGUGCCGAGCCGAUGUGCCUUGACCCACCGAAAUUUUUCCUCUUACGCAUUUAAAUCCGAGACCAAAUCUCGAAUCGAGAUCCACCUGUAUGAUCAUCCUCCGAUCAUAACCACAUUUCAUGUGCGCGUUUUGACUCCUCGCCCCUUCAACGUGAGUUAAGAGUCGUGCAGAGGACCGACCAUGGCGGAUCCGUUGCACAAGGAUGGAUAUGACAACUCAGCUAGUUCGACGAUGCGUGCCAACAGCGGUAAUAUAAACUCGGACAGUGACAUGAAACUGGAGCCGUCCAGUCCUACAGAGAAGUACACCUUCUCCCGUUGUAGCAGCACAGGAUCAGUUAACACGCCAUCUUCUUCCGCUCAUAAUACAGAAGACGAGGACAGCGAUAACAAAAAUUCCACCAUAAGCUACAAGGAGCGCAGGAGAGAGGCUCACACGCAGGCCGAGCAGAAGAGGCGGGACGCCAUCAAAAAGGGUUACGACUCUCUUCAGGAUUUGGUACCGACCUGUCAGUAUCAGGAUUCCUCGGGCUAUAAGAUUUCCAAGGCUACGGUGCUUCAGAAAUCCAUCGAUUACAUACAAUUUCUACUGCAACAGAAGAAGAAGCAGGAGGACGAGCGUAAUGCGCUGAGAAAGGAAGUCGUCGCGUUGCGCAUUAUGCAGGCGAAUUACGAGCAGAUUGUCAAAGCGCAUCAGACGCAACCGGGGCACGCGGAGAUGCGUAUCUCGGACGAGAUGAAAUUUCAAGUGUUCCAGGCAAUAAUGAAUCGUCUUUUCGAAACGUUUAAUAUUUCUGUAGCGAACUUUACGGAAUUAUCUGGUUGCGUGUUCAGUUGGCUGGAGGAGCAUUGUAAACCUCAGACUCUACGCCAAGUAGUAGUCUCGGUGCUACAACAGCUCACAGUCGCAAACAAUCAAAUCAGCUAGUCAAGUGCAUUUUCGAGACAGGUACCCGUCGCACAAUGUCCCUCAGAAGAAUUUGUUAGAUCCUUAUACCUAUAAAGAAAAUAUAUGACGUAAUAUAUAACGUCUAGAUAUAUAACAUCUAGAUAUAUAAAAUCAGGUUUAUAAAACAAGAAGCAUACAUCUUUUUUUUUUUUUUUUUAUUUGAUUGAUGUAGCAGAUUUUCAAUAAUCCGAUAAAAUUAAAAUAAGUUCGGAUUAAGUAAAUGAGAAAUAUUGGUGACUUUUUCACUGAGCUUUCAUUAAUGCAAUAUUUAAUGGUUUAUUAUUUUUGGGAAAAAAUUACUAUUAAAAAUAUUACCUAUUCGGAUUAAGUAAAUGAGAAAUAUUGGUGACUUUUUCACUGAGCUUUCAUUAAUGCAAUAUUUAAUGGUUUAUUAUUUUUGGGAAAAAAUUACUAUUAAAAAUAUUACCUAUUUAUAUAUAUAUAUUUUUUUUUAAGUUUUGCGUGAAUUAUCUCUAACAUGGAUAUUCUCCAGUUUGUGAAGAAUUAGCCUCUUGUGUUGUGGUUGGGAAGAUAAUUCUGAAAGAAUAUCUUCUACGAGUUGAGAUCUUUAGAUAUUUAAUAUGUAAUAAGUUACCAGAAAACAUGUGCAUUACAUGCAUUACAGGUAUAAUGCAUAUGGGAAAUAUGAAUAGACGUUUAUUUUAUAUACAUCUGUUAGACGCUAUAUGUAGGAUUAUUAUCACUGGUGUCGAAUAUUUUUACCAGAUCUUUUAUUGCAUACAUUUUGCGAUAAACAAAUAGCAUAUAAUGUAUAUAUGUAUGUAUAUCUGAUUAUGUAUAUAACAGAUUUAUAACAUAUAUUUACAAUGAACGAGUGUACUCACGAUCGAA